GUCGGAGCCGCGGCUUGGAGGAGCGGGCUCGGCGCUGUGAGGAGGAGGAGGCGGUGGCGGGUGUGUGGCGCUGUGGGUGCGGCGCGCUUCCAGCCCCCCGCAGCCAGGCCGGGAUGGCGGAGCCCGGCCGGGAGCUUGGCGGGCAGGGAGCCGCCGUCCUGCCCGAGCCGUGCUGCCGUGGCACCGCCGCAGCGAGCCUGAUGGAAGUGCUGAGAUCUUUGGUGGCUUUAACUGACCCUCAGGAGGGGAAGCUGGCCCAGUCUCAAGAGAAAGUGAGUGACCCUAGGCAUUAAAGUCGCUGGGUGUUUGGCAGACCAUAUCUGCAGACAUUCCAUCAGAGCCCUCGGUGGAGCGAUAGCCCCAAGAUGGGAGAUCAAGAUGCCGGUGAACCCUUCCUGGACUUAGUGGCUGGGGCCACUGACUACGAAGGAGCUCUGCCCUCUGACACAGUGUCGCUCAGCGAUUCAGAUUCUGAUGAUUUGGGGCUAGAUGAAGCAGAAGUCAAUACAGUAUCUCCAGAGGAGCCACCUGUAGAGGAUGGAGAUUAUGGAUCAGAGGACGCCCCUGACCCUUCAGACAGCAGUCACAGAUCUCCUGUCCAGCCAUUCCAUCUGAGGGGCAUGAGUUCUACGUUCUCUCUCCGCAGCCAGAGCAUUUUUGAUUGCCUGGAAGAGGCGGCCAAAUUGUCUGUGCCCUCAAUGUCUGAAGAUAAUGUUGUUGACGGGAGGUUCAAACGUCCUUUACCUCCAACUACUGUGUCAAGUAAUGUGGUUCCAGAAAACCCUGGAAAGUCAGCUAGACCAGUGCAGGCUCCCAAAAUCUCUCCAGCAGUGCCUGACUACGUGGCACACCCAGAGCGCUGGACCAAAUACAGUCUAGAUGGAGUUUCAGAGUCUAGUGACAAGACUAACAGGACAGUGGCUAUGGAAUUUCUAAAGGGUCUGAAGAAAAGAGGAGAGGAACAAAGCUCAGCUGCCCAAGAUAGUUAUACCCCAUACUUCAAUCAGGAUCCCUCCAGCUGUGGAGCUGGGAGGAUUGUAUUCACCAAACCAGCAAAAAGGGGUGUUGAUGGACUAGAAAAGAAAAUAGCAGCAGGGGAGGGAGAUAAGAAACACACAAAACCAGAUCUGAAAGGAAAAUCUCUGAAGACUGAUGACUUGAGGGAUGACGAUAAGGUUGAGCUGGGGCACUUAGAUGGUGGAAGUAGAAAGGCAGCAGAGGAGGAGGGGUGCCUGAUGGUGGGGAACCUGAAGACAGAAGGUAAGCUUAGUGCAAGGUUUAGUGGUGCAGCUGAAGAGCCUUUGGUAGAAAAAGUUGGAUUCCAUUGCAGUAAGAAGAGGAAUAGGAAAAAUUUCCGACCCAAAGUAGAUGAUGAAGGGGAAGAGGAAGAGUCCUGAAUGAUGGAACAAAUUGGAAACAUCCAAGAAGUUGUAUCAUCUUCGGAUAUGCUUGUUGUUUUUUCUUCCCUACCCGUAUAUAUAAGAUGUAUCUUUUUGUUUGGGUCAGGGACCCAUGUUACGGUGUUUUGUCUAACAGUUUGUAUCAUAGCCACCCAGGACAUUUUAUAUUGUUAGAAAUUAAGCUAUCAAAAGUGUGUUACAGACUUUUUUUUAGUGAGAAGUCUGUGGGCACAGGAUCAUUGCACCCUAGCAGAAACAACAGUGUGCUUUGUUUGCUUGAGCAGCUCCCUGGGGUUUGCUCUGGAGCUGAAGUUAUCAUGAAAGAACUGUUAGCUAAAACGCUGCAAGGCAUCUUAUUUACCCCCAAGAUUUCAAGCUGUUCCCAAAUCCUGUAGAAUCCUGGAACACAGGUCAUGUAGAGUUUUUUAAACAACAAAAAUAAAACCCAGUCUUCCACUAGAUUUGAUUUCUCCCAGUCUGUGCUGUAGAGGGAAACUUUUUAGAAAAUAUACCCAUCAUUGCUAUUGAGAGUGAAAGCACAGCAUGCCCACUUGUGAGUUUGGAGGCCCACGUGACAAUUGGCAAACAAAAUAUUUUUAAGGUGGUCUUAGUAUUUAAUUGCAUUGGUACAUUGAAAACAACAACAAAAAACCUGCCAUGUCUCCUGCAGACAGGUACAGCUUAGAAACAUCCCAGUGAAGACACACUCUGGACAGCUUCAGUUGUUAGUUAGGCAACAUCUUUUCCUCUUAGUGGUAUGAUGUGGUGUGAUGAUUUUUGGCCUGUAUAUCUGUUUAUCUUUUCCAGGUGGCACUGGUUCCACAUUUCUUUGUGUGGAUUUGAUGGGAAUUGGGUAUUUGUAUCAGAACUGGAUACUUUUUUAUUCUUUGGUAUUCAAUAAAUUUUUGGUUGUAGCUUGA